GCGCUCCGGAGGGCAAGCAGGGUAAAGCGCUGAGGCUGCGGACCCUGACACCCGUCUUGCGUUCAACGGAUCCCCGACCGAUCGAUUAUUCAGCUUCGCUAGCUUCGCUGUUGUAGGCGCCUCUGUACAGCUGCAUCAGGGUCACAGCCUCUGCCGCAGCGCGCGCGCGAGAUGCGCCGCAUGGCCCUCCUAUCUCUCGCGACGGCGGCGCGCGCCCUGUCCUCAACCGCGCGCCGCGCCGCCAAGCCGAGCGCCGCCAAGCCGAGCGCCGCCAAGCCCAAGGUCCUACGACAGAAGCAACCCCCCGGCGUCUUUGAUGUGGGGAGCCUAGACAGACAAGCUCUAGAGACCUUUGUGGUGGAUGACCUCAAGCAGCCGAAGUUUAGGGCAAAACAGUUAAGGGAGUGGAUCUACGACAAGGGCAUUGAUGAUUUUACGAACAUGACGAACCUCCCGGCGAAGUGGAGAACUGACAUGAGCGAAAGAGGACUCACCAUAGGAGGCACGAUCGCUGGUACGAGAGCAGAACAAAUAUCUCAGAGGGACGGUACGAUUAAACGAGCGUAUGAACUGAGAGAUGGUUCUGUCAUCGAGUCCGUGCUCAUGCCGUACAACGAUGGAAGAAGGACGGCCUGCAUCUCGAGCCAGGCGGGCUGCGGCAUGGGCUGCACGUUCUGCGCGACGGGCCAGAUGGGCUUUUCAAGGCACUUGACGGCCGCGGAGAUCUUCGAGCAGGCUUCUAGAUUCUCGCGAGAAUUGCGGCGACGAGGCGAAAGGCUGUCGAACGUGGUAUUUAUGGGCAUGGGCGAGCCGCUGGCCAACUACAACAACGUCAUAGAGGCGGCGAGGCGGAUCCACGACGAGUUGGGGGUUGGUGCUAGGCAUAUUACGAUCUCGACUGUGGGGUUAGCUCGGGGGAUUGAAAAACUGGCCGACGAUCCGUUACCCGUCACUCUAGCUGUCUCGUUACACCAAGCGGAUGAUGAGAGUAGAUCAGCAAUCAUGCCCGUCAAUAAAAGGUAUGACCUCGAGACUCUAUUAUCAUCGAUAAACAACUACCAGAGGAAGACGAAGAGGCGCGUGACCUUCGAGUGGGCCGCUAUUCAAGGUGAGAACGACGACGAGCAGGCGGCCCGUAAAUUAGGAAAGCUCCUGAAGCGGCAUUCCGUGAAAGAUGCGCAUGUCAACGUGAUACCCCUGAAUCCUACCAAAGGUUUUUCCGGCAAGAAGUCGUCGAACGUCGAUACGUUCUGCAGAACAUUACAGGACGAGUUUAGGAUCAGCGCGACGCCGCGCGUGCGCCGCGGGAUUGACAUCGACGCGGGCUGCGGCCAGCUCACGACGGCGCUGGAAGAGGGGACCUAAGAGUGUGUAUA